AAGGAGAGCAAUAUCUCAAGGAUAAACAAGGCUGAUCUCCGGACGUGUCGCGUUCAGAUAUACUGCAAACCGCGACGAUAAUGACGGCCUCGCACGAAUACGGUAUAGUGGGAUGUUUCAACAGACCGCAAACGUAUUUGCCGAUGUCUACAUCACAUUGGCUCAUAUUUUCAUUCUGCGCGGUCUCAAGGCCUUUCUGGUCACUGAGACUUCAAGCGUCGGUUGUAUGCUUCACAAAUUGAUAGUGUACACCGCAACACGAGGCCUGCUUCUCACGGCUGUUCAAUUGCUCGAAAUGACAACAGUAUGGUGCGCACGCCCAGUCAUGAUGCGUAUGUAUCGAUCGGAGGGGUUCAAAUUCAUCGUCGACAGCACACAUAAUACAUACGUGUCGAUGGCAGUGAUGCUCCCUCAAAGCACCCUGUACUGCAAUUCCGUGCUCGCGGUGCUCAAUGUUCGUCGACACAUUCGCUCGAGCAAGUCAACAAGCCCAAGAGAGCUUGCCCUCUUAUGUAAUUCACUCAACACGGCGGCGCAGACCUGCGGACCACCAGCCUGAUCAUGUAGGCGCUGUCUGUCGUUACAAUGCAGGCUAUGGUUCAUUUUACCCGCCGGACCCCAACACCAACACAUUCCUGCCAUAUGUAUAUUUGGAAGCAAUGUGGACGCGGCACCCUCCAACCAUUCGCUGAUAGGCUUCUGUUCAUUAUCCUUCACAUCACU